CAUUCGUCCAUCCAACAAAUAUCUAUGGUGAUCCUCUCAGGCCCCUUUCUAGGCACUAAGGAUAUAAUUAGCAAGCUCCAGUGACUGGAGACGCUCAGCAUUUCCAGGUGACUUUGGUGUGUGCCUAUGAACGUGUGUGUGUCCCUGUGCACACAAACCCUUCUGUCGGCAAGGGCCUGCUGCUGGGACACCUGUCUUCCCUGGGGCCUGGUGCCUUUAGCAUCUGUCCCUGGAUCCUGUUGCAGCCCGAAAUAAGGCUGUGAGCCACAACAAGGCAGGGAUGAUUCUUGUCAGCUGAGGCCAGAGCGCACUGCCGGGCACGCUCUGCUCGCUGACCGCCUGGCCGCUGUAUGAACGCCGACCCUCGACUUUCAACUUCCCGACAGAGGUGUUAAUCUUGAGGGUCUCACACCCUCUCUGCCCACUGUGGUCUCAUCUCUCAGGAUGAUCCCCAAGGAGCAGAAGGAGCCAGGGAUGGCUGCCAUGGGCGACCAAGCUGGACCAGUCCCUUUGCUGGACCUGGGCAAGAAGCUGAGCAUGCCCCAGGACUUGAUGAUGGAGGAGCUCUCGCUGCGCAACAACAGGGGAUCCCUCCUCUUCCAGAAGAGGCAGCGGCGCGUGCAGAAAUUCACCUUUGAGUUUGCGGCCAGCCAGCAGCCGGUUGCCAAUGGCCCGGAAGAGCAGAACUACCGCUCUGAGCUCCACAUUUUCCCAGCCUCACCUGGGGACUCGGAGGAUGCGCAUCCCGCAGCUUCCCGGGCCGAGCGCGCCCCCAGCCCCAGCGCCCUGGCACCAGGCUAUGCUGAGCCUCUGAAGAGCGUCCCGCCAGAGAAGUUCAACCACACGGUCAUCCCUAAGGGCUACCGCUGCCCGUGGCAGGAGUUUGUCAGCUACCGGGACUACCAGGGCCACGGCCGAAGUCACAUCCCCAGCCCUGCGGAGUAUCGCAAUUUUAACAAGACCCCCAUGCCCUUUGGAGGACCCCUGGCGGGGGAGGCCACGUCCCGGGCAGGCACCCCCUUCGUCCCGGAGCUCACCAGUGGCUUGGACCUCCUCCGCCUCAGACCCAGCUUCAACAGAGUGGCCCAGGGCUGGGUCCGCACCCUCCCGGAGUCUGAGGAUCUGUAGCCCCAGCCUGAACCUCCAACGCCCCGGUCUCAGAGCUUGGAGACCACCAGGAGCCAAGAUCUGUGGGCAGCACCUCAACAGUCUAUGAAGGGCCUUCACACGCAAAACCCAUUGCAAACGGCCUCAAAGGUCACGAAGUGCAGUAGUCCCCAAAUGCGGGGUUUAGAAAGUAUUUCUUUUUCCUGAGAUGCCGCUGGUCUUUAUCUAUUCAUGUUCUAAACAUUUACUGAGUACCUACUGUGUGCUAGACACUGUGACAGCCGCAGGCAGAGGGGCCGGGCCCUGACCUAGCGCAGGAAAGGAUAGUGGGGAAGACAGAUUUGAACAGCGGUAAAUGACUCAGUUUUCCCUAAGCCUGCGGAGGAACAGAGCCAUGAGGCAGAAGAAGAGUCUCUAACCCUGGGUGGGACCAUCCCGGAGGGACGUGA